AUGACGCCACGGUCCCUGGAGACCUCCCAAGGAGCUGCCAGCUCCUCCUGCAGCAGAGAGCCGGAGAAGAUUCCAGAGUACAGGAACGCCGACAACACCAAGGAAAGGAGGAGAUACAGUGCCAACCAUAGUGAUUUCCUGGAAUUGAAGAGGAGCCAUUGCAGCACCCCUUCAUCUGGCAGGAAGGCUGGCCCCUCAUCCUCUGUUGAAGCAGAGAGUGGCAGUGAGCCUCCAAGUCUCUGCAGAGUGGUUGCUCACCUAAAUAUGGCUGCAGCUUUGGAUGGGAAAUCCUCCUCCUCGCAUUCUGACCACUCCUCUGAAGUCUCAUUGUCUGAGGGCCAGCAGGAUAACCCUCCUGAGGAAUUGAGCCUGCUCAAGUUGCAGACAAAGGAUGGGCAGCGUCCUGAGUGGACAUUCUACCCCAGGCUUAGCAGCAACAUCCACACCUACCACGUGGGAAAGCAGUGCCGGUUCAACGGUGUCUUCCUCGGCAACAGGAGGUCAUGCUCAGAGAGGACGGUGGACAAGUGCCUGGGGAGAAAAAAAUAUGAUAUUGAUUCCAGAAAUGGAAUUCCCAAGUUGACUCCGGGGGAUAAUCCAUACAUGUACCCAGAACAGAGUAAAGACUUCCACAAAGCAGGAUCAACUCUUCCACCAGUCAACUUUUCAAUAGUCCCUUAUGUAAAGAAAUUCGAUACCUUUAUUCCACUUGAGCCUCUUCCACAAUUUCCCAACUUGCCUUUUUGUGUGAAGGAGAAGGCCAACAAUCUGAAGAAUGAGAUAACAGAAGUUGAAGAGCUUGAUAACUGGCAGCCGGCGGUGUCCUUAGUCCACAGUGUGUUUCCUUCUGGUGCUUCAGACUUUCCAAGAUAAUUCUGAGUUCAGCAGGAACUAUAGGGAUGUAUUGACCACACUUGGCCGGCCUCCUGCAAUCAAUGGUUUUUGACAGUUUGAUUAUUAGUAAUCAAAAGUUUGAUU